AUGCCGAACGUUCAAUUUGAAGGAAGUUGUUUCUUGUCAAAUGUUAGAGAAAAUUCAAUGUCAGAUGGAGGCUUAAUCAAGCUACAGGAGACUCUUCUUCAUAAAAUUCUUGGCGGGGAAUGGAAAAUUCAUAGUGUUGAUGAAGGAAUUGGUGUCAUAAAAGAACGGUUGAGCCAUAAAAAAAUUCUUUUAAUUCUUGAUGAUGUGAAUCAAUUGAAGCAAUUAGACAAUUUGGCUGGUGUUGGUUGGUUUGGUGAGGGAAGUAGAGUCAUUACAACUACACAAGAUAGCGGAUUGCUAAAAUGUCAUGGAAUUGAUUUGAUAUACGAGGUCCAAAAGUUAUAUGGCAACCGAGCUCUUGAGCUUUUUAGUUUCAGUGCCUUCGGAACCAACAAACCUCCAAAGGAUUAUUUGAAACUCGCACAACGUGCACUAGCGUAUGCUCAAGGCAUUCCACUAUCUCUAACACUUUUAGGUUCUCAUCUUCGUAAUAAAGACAAAGAUCGUUGGCAAGAUAUAUUAGAUAGUUAUGAAGGAGAACCAUAUACAGGUAUUCAAAAAAUACUUCAAAAAAGUUAUGAUGCCUUGGAAAAUUCCAUGCAACAAUUUUUUCUAGACAUCGCAUGUUUCUUCAAGGGUAAAAAGAAGGACUAUGUUCUACAAAUAGUAAGCAAUUCUAAGAACAAGGUCUCUCGAGAUUGUAUUGAAGUACUCAUUGAGAAGGCAAUGAUAACUAUUGACUAUGGUAGGAUUCAGAUGCAUGACUUACUAGAAAAACUGGGCAAGGAUAUAGUUCACGAAGAAUCCCCCAAUGAUCCCGGCAAACGUAGUAGAUUGUGGUUUUACGAGGAUGUUGAACAAGUUCUAACAGAAAGUACAGUAAGUAUCACAUAUGUUAUUAUAUUCAAUUUGACAAGAAAGAAUACCUUAUGUAACCUAUAUAAUUUUCUUAACAAAAUGUGCUUGCAUUUUGGUUUGUAAAAUGACUUCGUUUUUUAAUGUUAAUGCUUUUCUA